AUGAAGCCCACCAUUCGAACCCAUCAGCCUCGCCCCGGGCGCCUCAAGGGCGUCUGGCUCUUCAUGUGCGCCAUUGUGUACCGCUACCUCUGCGAGAUAAUCUUCUUUCGUAUCAAGAUUCAAACACGCAAGUUCUGGGCCGCCCAGAAGCCCAACUACGUCAAGUCCUAUUCCGUGCGGCCCAUGCUCAACCACCACAUCUUCAUCCCACAGUCCCACCAAGAAGGCCAGACACACCCGGUUUACUUCCUGAUCCAUGGCGUUGCAUUUAUCAUAGGCACGCCGGCAAUGGACAACGCCCAGUCGCGAUUCCUAGCAGACAAGCACGACUACGUCGUCGCCUCACUAGCCUAUCGCCGCGCCCCAGAGCACCGCUUUCCAACGGCAAUCCAUGACAUCGCGGCAGUAAUAGAGGCCAUUCUCGACGACGGAAGCCUACCCAUAGACAGGACCAAGGUAGUGGUAGGCGGAUUCUCUGCCGGAGCCACGAUCUCUCUAGCCGUUGCACAGCUGCCGAGUCUCAAGAAGCGGAUUACGGCUCUUGUGGCUUUCCAACCCAUGACCGACCGCUCUGGCGAAGCCCGUGGGACAUACCUAGAGAAGAUGCCAUGGGGAGGCGAUGAUGACAUGAAGAAGACACAGGAGCUCUCGGACUGGGCUUUCCCUGCGGCUGGGCAGGAUUUGCGUGACAGGCUCUUGAGUCCGUAUCAUGCGUCGAGGUCUGAUAUCCCGCAGCCUGUGUGCUUUGUCACUGGAAGCGCCGAUAUGUCUUGUCAGGAGGCGUGUCUGUUAGCUGCCAAACUUGCCGGCCGAUCGAGUGACUGCGUGCUGGGAGCUUCCUGGGAACAGAAUCGAGUCAAGUACUGGUGCGCGAAGGAUAUGCCGCACGGAUGGACGCAUUUCUGGGUGCAGCUGCAGGGGGAGUGGCGCAAUGUGCAGUUACAGGCACAGCAGCAGGCGUGGGAGGAGGUUACGACGUGGCUGGAUGGGACUUUGUACGGUUAA